CUCCUUCAGCAGCUUAGGAGGAGAAAUAUAUAAAUAUGCAUGCAGUGUUCACUGCUGCAUCAGGCUGAGAAAAUAACUGCAGCUGCAACCAGGAGGCAAGGAGAAAAGACACGCAUCACAUCCUUAGCAGCCAUGGCAGAUGCAAAUUUUAAGGCAAAGUUCCUCGCCAAACAUAAUGAAUACAGAAAGAAACAUGGAGCCCCUGCUUUGACCAUAAGUAAAGACUUAUGUAGUUCUGCACAGGCUUGGGCUGACCAUUUACUAUCCAUUAAAACCUUGCAGCACAGUAAUUCUAACAACGGAGAGAAUCUCUAUUAUUUCCAGAGUACUGCGCCAAAGAAGCUUACAGGAGAGGAGCCUGUGGAAAGCUGGUACAGCGAGAUUAAAGACUAUGAUUUCAAUAAACCUGGAUUUAAGUUCAAUACAGGACACUUCACCCAGGUCGUAUGGAAAUCGACCACUGAAGUUGGAGUGGGCUUAGCCACUGACGGAAGAACUGUCUUUGUGGUUGGUCAGUACAAACCUGCUGGAAACAUAUCCAAUCCAGGAUACUUUAAGGACAAUGUUUUGCCUGCAGACAGACACAUCAGACAGAGGGCUGGUGGCCAUGUUGUCCCAGGUAGUGGAAGGGGAGGAGUGGCCAGUGCUAUAGAUCAGCUGCAAGCUCAUGUUCAUCAGGUUGAGAAAAAGAAACAAACUGCAACCACCAGGAAGCACGGAGAAAAGACAAGCACCACAUCAUUGACAGCUAUGGCAGAUGAAAGGUUUAAGGCAAAGUUCCUCGCCAAACAUAACGAGUACAGAAACAACCAUGGAGCCCCUGCUUUGACCAUAAGUCAAGACUUAUGUAGCUCUGCACAGGCUUGGGCUGACCAUUUACUAUCCACUAAAACCUUGCAGCACAGUGAUACUGACAGCGGAGAGAAUCUCUAUUAUUUCCAGAGUACUGCGCCAAAGACACUUGCAGGAGAAGAGCCUGUGGAAAGCUGGUACAGCGAGAUUAAAGACUAUGAUUUCAAUAAACCUGGAUUUCAAUCCAACACAGGACACUUCACCCAGGUUGUGUGGAAAUCAACCACUGAAGUUGGAGUGGGCUUAGCCACUGACGGAAAAACUGUCUUUGUGGUUGGUCAGUACAAACCUGCUGGAAACAUAUCCAAUCCAGGAUACUUUAAGGACAAUGUUUUUCCUGCAGAGAAAUAAGAAGUCAGCUGGUGAAAAAACUAAAACUAUAUAGAUUUGGAUUUCUGUUAAAAUAUACUACACUGCACACAUGUGAUAGUAAUUUAGUGCAGUAAAAUGACCUCUAAUAUUCCAAGCAUUCUUUGAUAAUAAUUUGUAAUUGUGGCAUUAAUGAUGUGUAAUAUUAAAAUAAACACAUGCUAUUAUAAUCAAACAAAUAAAA